AUGGCCAACGUCAGCACUGACUGUUUUCUCGACCUGGUGAAUCACACCUCACCGAACAGGCAAAUUUGGCAGGUCGAGAGCUCCCAGGACGUUUCCAACCGGCAGUCAGAGCAAUCUCUGGCUAUGCUGGAUAUUUCGGGUCCUCUACCAGAACUCAACACCGAUCCAGCCUUCGAAAAUUCCUUGUCCACCUUUUCGACCCAUCAGCCAGUCUCUAGCGAAGACACUAACCCUCUCCAGGGCUCUGACCCAUCUCCCUCUGGAAUCUUUGUCUCUAGUUCAGACGUGAACACGGCCAGACACUACUGCUGCGACUCAAGAAGGGCCUCAAUCCCCUUUUGGAUUGCCGCGUGGUGUUUAUGUGGCAAGCCCUCCCACACAACGGUGUCUGUGGCUGAAGCACACGCAUUGUCUGUUCCUCCCCUUGCAACUAUCGAGCUCCUGCUUGGCUACUACUUUAGCUACAGCUACUGGGCGUCCCCAAUUGCAAGUGAAUGGGAGAUUUGGGCCCUCCUUCAUCCCCAAGAAGUAACAUGGGCAGAGGAACAACGUCCAAUGAGCUUGGCAUACCUCAAUGCUCUCCUUUUCGCUGGUAGUGCACAUGCCACGGAAGAGGAAUCCAAAGCCGCAUCCUUUGCCAGUGUUCGCAAGAUGCGGGAUACCUUUUACCAGCGCGCCAAAGUCCUGUACGAAGCAGACUGUGAAAAUGAUGACUUGAGUCGGGUACGAUGCUGUUUGUUGCUGAGUUCUCAGCGAAAAUACCCAGACGCUAUGUUUGAGAACGAGUACUGGAUUUUGAAGGCCCACGAUAUACUUCAACAAGCAAUCUUCUCGCCAGAUUCUGCAUCACCAUGCCAACAGCAACGCAUUGGAGCGCAAUGGAAACGCCUGAGGGCUAUUUUCUCUACGAGGAUUGGAUACAUCAGACUUGGGAACCGCUCCAACGGCGUACCAAAGCUUCAGGACGUUGUCCCUCGGCUUUCGGUGGAAGAUCUGGAAGAAGACCUUCGGUUCUCUUGGUUUGUCAGUUGCGAACUGAAACAAAAGCUGAUUCAGGUGCUCCUGGCAUCGUGCGAGCUCACCGCAGACUCUGAGCCUCUGUGUAGACUUCUUACCUGGCGGAGCGCCCUGGCACAGACCGUGACUCUGUCAUCUGGCUAUAGUAAUCACCCGUUGAUGGGAGACGCAGAGCGAAUCGAGCAGCUACUGGGCGAUUGGAAAUCGCGUCACCAAAGAUUACUCAUGGCCGACGCUGUGGAUGACAUUUCGACGAAUCCUCUUAAAUUCCCACUGUUUGUGUCUCAAGCGAUGUUGAGGUUAUUGUUCGACCCUCCACAGAGCCUUAAGUUCGGCCGAAAAUUCCCAUCUAAGCUCGUGGGUGGCGAAGAUAUGCGAAAUAUCACACCAAACUCUCAAGGAAUCGGCGUUGAGAACAACACAUCAAUGGACGAAUUAGCGCUUCGAUUUGACGUUGUCGACUUCUUCCGGGCUUUGAAUGAUCAAUCACUGGCACUGGCUCAUCAGAUCUUGGCCAAAGAGCUCCCAGCGGCCAAGAGCAACAACUUUGUCAACUUGUUUGCGGUCGCUCCAGUUGACGUAUCCAACCAGCCCGACGACCAGAUGGGCAAGGACGUUUACAAAAUAGUGUCCAGAUUCCAGGAGCAUGCUUUGGCACGCGGAUGUGUCGAAAGGAGCUAG